AUGUUAUCCGGGUUUUUAUUGGCAACAAUAGGGAAUUCAAUCAUUUAUUUGAUUCUUUUUUUAUUUUAAGGAGAUGACUUUAAAGUUCGUAAGAGAUUUUUAGGAAAGGUAAAUUGAUAAGUUUUAUGUAGAAAUUCGUUCAAUUAUCUGAAUGGUAUGUGUGGUUAUUACAUUAUCCUGCUAUGUUAGUAUUUUUUGAAAAUAUUGUUUGUGGACCUUCAAUAGAUUGUAUGAAUAAAUCAGUAAGAGAUAUUUUAAUAUCUUUAUCUGUUAUGGGGUAUAUUAGAUAAAUUAUGAUUUAGUGUGUUCUUUGGAACUUUAAACAAUUGUUUUUUAAGUGUUUUUUUUCAUAAUAAUAGCAGUUAAAAAAAAGAUUGUUUAAAUACUGAGAAUUCUCUUUAUAUUCUAGUUUUUUAAGUAUUCCGAACGAUCCAAGCCUUUCUCUUAUCUUUCAAGUUCAUAUUUAAAAUAUCUUUAUAGUUCAACAGAUUAUGGAUAUCUUUGGGUGAUGCUGAUCUUAAUUUUUAUUUCUUAUAGUUAUUUUUUAUUAGAUUGUCUAUUUUUUAGUGGAUAUAUGGCAUUUGUUACAACUUCAGUUAGAAAUAUAUUUUAAAUUCUAAUAACAAUUAUGGUUUCAACUAGUUUUUCGAUGAUAGUUGAUGAGCUGUAUAGAUAUAAUACUGUAAUGCAAUAAUUUGAGAAUUUUGGUAUUUUUUUUACUGUAUCUUUUAUAUUUUUUUGUUGUUGUUUUAAUUUCAACAUGAGGAAUUCAAAUUAUAAAUAGAUUAAUUUUGAAAAUGCAGGAGACAAAGAAUUAAAUAAAUAAAUAUUUAUAAUGAAUACACUUUUAGAAGUAUCAAAUUAAGAUAUCAAUGUUGAUUUAUUUUUUAAGGGUAUUUUACAAAGACAUAUGGAAGUUGAAUGUAAACAUACAGUGAUUUAAGGAGAAGGUAGGUGUUUUUGUAAGAAGAAAAAGAUUUUUGAUUCAAAAAAACGAAAAGAAGUAAAUAUAGAUAAUUGGUUGAUUCAUAAGAAUAUUUUUGUUAAAUUCUUAAUGAAAUCAUAGAUCGAGAUCAAAUUGAAUAAAAAUCCAAAUUCAGUUGAAUUACUUCUACUUUAUGCCAGAUUUAUGUUUUUUAAGUUUUAAAAUCAUCAAGUUUCAUUACAUAUUCUAUCAGAUUUAGAAAAACGUUUUCUAUUCAUUAUUAAUAGAUAUAAAAUAUUUUAGCUUAAAAUAUAGAUAAUGAAAUAUAUUAAACAUAGAAAUCAAUCAAGUUAUCGAGAAAAGUUAGAAACUUAGAAUGCUUUGUACAUUGAAGAUAUGAUAGACACAAUAAAAAGUAAUAUAAAUAAUAUAAUGAUUUAAAAUUGCGUAUUUUGGAAAUGUCUUUAGAAAGAAGUUAUCGAUUUAGAAGAACUAGAUCAUUUAUUAAGAAAUUAAUUUGAUAAAAUUGAAUAAACUAAUUUUUUAUGGGUAUAAAUUUAGAAUUAUCUUGACUUUAAAAAGAAGUGGAAGUUUUAUUAUGCUUGGUUUACAUUGUAUAUAGAGAAUAAGAAAUUGAAGAAUAAGAUAUUGGAUAAUUUUUAGGGAUUAUCAGUGAAUGAGAAUGAUAUAUUUUCAGAAGAACUAUAAGAAAACAAUUUAGAAGAAGAUAUAGCAAGUAUAAAAUCUGAUUAGGAAUAAAAAGUGGAUAUGGAUAAAAUAGAUAUAAAGAGCAAGCGUAUAGUUUUCGAUAAAAAAGCAUGUAUUAUAUAGACUAGUGAUGAUCCAGAUGCAAUAAUUAUAAAAGUGAAUAAAUAAUUUACUAAAAUAUUUGGAUAUACAACAGAAGAAGUUUCUAUGAAAUUUCCAAUAGCAUAAUUAAUGCCUGAUAUCUAUUCAAAAGUGCAUCCAUCACUAUUAAAUGAUUAUAGAUUGACUGGGAAAGAACAUUCUCUAUAUUCUUAAAGAAAGGUUUAUUGUAUACAUAAAACUGGAUAUAUGUUUACGGCAUAAAAGUUUUUAAAACUAUAUGUAGAUUUAAAUGGCUAAUCUUAAUUUGUUGUUAUGUUAAGGCCAACAGAUAUCAAUAAUGAAAAAAAACAUGAUGUAAUUAUUUUAAAUUCAGAUUGGGAAAUAAAUGGAAUGACUCCUAAUAUAAUUCAAUCAUUACAAAUUAAUUAAGAAAUAUUUUAAAAAUAAAAAGUUUAAGUAUUAGUUAAUAUGCUUCUUUUUGCUCCAAAAUUAAUUUAAUUUAGUAGAGUAUGUUAAUUAAUAAAUGAAUAAACUGAUUUAGAAUUGUUUGGUAUGUAAAAAAAUAAGAAAAAGCAAGAAUAGAUUAUUAAAUCAAUUAAGUAAAAUAUAAUAUAAGACAAAAUUAAAAUUUAAGUUAAUGUGGCUCAUUUAGGAUCUAGUACUUUAGGAGUUGUAAAAAGUUCAAAUGCUAUUUCUUCAGAUGAUUAACAAUCUAAUUAUCAUUAAAUGUAAUCAUUAGAAGUACCAGAAGAUAAAUUAUUUCUUUAAUAUGCUAGUAGUGUUAGUGAUAAAAAUGAAGAGAAAGAAUUCAAAUAAUAAAUUGAUCAAUACUCAGAAAUGCAAAAAGAUAUUAAUGAAUAAUUAAAUAAAAAAGUUGAUGAAUAAAUCAAAUAAAUGUAUGAGACUUAAUAUCAAAAUAAUUAUAAAAGAAUUUAAACUAAAUUUGAUAAUAAUAAUCAAGGAGAUUUUAGUGAUGAUAAUCAAAGUAAGGAUGAAAUAAUCAAAACUAAGGGAUAAUUUGUAUUAGAAGGAAAGGUAAAUAAUGGUGAAACAAUAACUUUUCAUAUUAAAUUAUCUGAUCAAUUUAUGGCAGCAUGUAAACAUUAUUCUGAAUCCAAAUAUAAACUAUAUUAAAUUAAAAAGUAAUAAGAUGAUGUAAUAUAUAUAUAUAUGUAAGCAUGUAAAAUAAGAGGAAAAAAAUGAUUAAGAAAAAGAAAAUAGAAAACAUAGAAAUAAUGAAAAUAAAUAGUUAGUCAAAUAAGGAACUUAAUAAAGAGAAUUUAAAAAGAAAGCUAGAUUAAUGUUUUAGAAAGCAGCAGAAAGGAGAAAAAAUGAUGAAGACAGAAAUUACUAUGAAUUGAUCAAAGAAAUAUAUAGAGAUAUAUUGAAAAAUUAAACAAAAAUAAAAUCCUAUAAAAUUAUUUGCACAAUGGCUUUUUAUAAAAUUAGAGAUGAAAGAAUUGGAAUAAUGAAAGUUUAAAAUAUUUAAGAAAUAUUGUAAAAUAAAAUAAGAAGUAAUGUUAAAAAAUUUUCAUAAAUGUUACAAAAAGGUUAUUCAAGAGGUAAUUAAUUUAUAAAUUAUAGAUUUAUAACAUGUUCGUAGUAUCUAAAAUUUAGAUGGACCUAAAUAUAUGACAAUGACAAGUGAUUGUGAAAGUAAAGUAAUAUCACCUCCAUAACCAUAUUCAACAUAACCUAAUUCUAAAAGUAACAUUAAAAUUAAUGUCAAAUAAAAUGGUCUUGGCUAUCAAUUAUAAAAAGAAGAGAAUUUAGAAGACCCAGAUGAUAAAGAUGCUUUAGUCAUUUGCAAAGGUUAACCUAAAAUGAUUAAUUGGGAAACAUUUUAAAAUUAAUUUAAAAUGCAACAUGGAACUUAAAGUUUUUCUCUUAAUGUUCUCGAUAACAUUUUUAGAAAAGAAGACAAUAAUAAACCUAGAAAACUCUUAGUCAAAAUUUCAUAUUUGAGUUGGUUUCUUAGAUUUAUGUAUAUCACUAUUCUAACUUUGAAUCUAAUCACAUACUUUCUUAAACCAUAUUCUGUAAUUAUCAUAACAUAAUAAAUAGGAUUUUAUACCUAUUAAGAAUCAGUCUUCGAGAAUAUUUUAGUUGUCUUAAAUGUAAACAUAUUUAAUUGAGGCAUAUGAUACUGUUAUGGAUAUUCUCCUUUAUAAAGAUGCUGAUUUUACUAAUUUAUUAGUUAAUGGAGUUGCUCUUGGAACUUAAGAACAAUUCUUUAUUUAUCAAACUAAAUAAAUAGACUCAGGUUAUGAAUUUAUCAAAUAAUAAAUGAAAGAUUUAGAUUAAUAGGAUACAUUUUUAGACUAAUCUGUAUUUAUUAGCAAAUCUAUCCUUGAUGAAACUAUUUAUGAUGUUUAAAAAGUUCCUAUAACUCUAGAUUAUAAAGAUGCGUUUACUAAAGUUAUUUUAGUUGAACAUUAAAUAUCUAUGAUGACUGCUGAACAAUUAAUCUAAUUAACUGAUGAAAAUCCAAUGGUAAAAUAUAUUAGAAACAUCACUUUACCUACUAUAUAUCAAGAAAUUAAUUCUGCAAUUGUAAUUCUUUCAGUAAUGUUAAAUGAUAAAUCAAAUUCUAUGUCUGAUUUUGUAAUUACAGUACUGAUAAUCGAAUCAUGUAUUUUCAUUAUAGGAUUUUUUGGAUUAUUAUUAAUAAUAUUGUGGAUUUGUUAAACAUUUAAGGCUGUGCUUAAAAUGUUUAUUAUGAUUAAAAAAAAUGAUUUAAAUAAAAUUGUAAAGUAACAAUAAUUUGUUUAAUCUUAAUUUUAAUAUAUUUUGAUAAAAGAUGAUGAGAUUCAAGGAGUCAAUACAUAAUAUGAAAGAAAAUUCAUAGUUAAUAAAACUAACUUCUAAUAAUAACAAAAUUUUUUGUUAAUUAAUGAGAUUGAAGAUCAAAACAUUAUUAAGAGAAAGGAUAAAUAAAUUUUAGAAAAAAAAUUGUUAAGAUAGUUAACAAUAAAAAUGUCUUUUAUUUAUAUAGUAUUUGUUCUGAUUUCCUCCUCUGUUUCAUUAUUAUUUUUUUUGACCUUGAGUGAUUCAUCAAAAAAAAUUACUUAAAUAAUCAAUAUUGGUCAAAAUUCCAUAUUUGAUUUUAGUGAUAGUUAGUUAUUAUAAGUUUCUGUUAAAGAAAGAUUUUUUAAUACUGAAAUUUAUGAUUCAGAAUGUUUACCUCAUAUUAAAGACCUUUUAGAAACUUAACUUACAGAUAUAAAUGUUGCCCCAUCUAUUGAAAAUCCAAAUUAUGGUAGUUAUUAUGAUAGUUUUUAAUCAAUUUAUUUCAAUAAUUUAUGUUAGUUCCUUUACGAGAAAUAAUAUUUUGAUGAAGCAGAAUUUAAAGAUUGUGAAACAAUAUUAAAUGGAAAAUUAAAAUAAGGCAUAGUAGCUUUUAAUUAAUUAUAUUCUUCAGUAACAUAAGGUACUAAUUUUAUCUCAAAGAUAGAUUACGUUUUGAAUAAAGAAUCAAGAUUUGGUUAAAUAAAUUUGGAAUCUAUUUGGCAAUUCAAUAUAGCUAUAGACUAUAUAAAAUCAGCAUUCAAAGUUCUUUUGACAAGUUGGUCAAAUGAUUUAGGAUCUUUGAUAGACAAAGACUAUACUUUAAUCUUAAUAUUAUUAAUAGUGAUGGUAGUGUUUUAAUUUUUAGUUUUUGUAAUAGUAGCAGAGAUGUACUUAGUUAAUUAGUUAAAAAAAAAGUUUUAGUUUUAUAGAUAGAUAUACAAAUCAUAUAUGCCAAAUGAUAUAAUUUAAAAAGAGAAGAUCAUAAGAGCUUCACUAAUUAAAUACAAUAUAAUAAAACGAUGA